AUGGCGAGACCAAACCCUCUCGCAAAUCCCCUUGUAAAAUACUUCAUCUCCAUUCUCCUCUUUUCUCUCUCCUAUAUUCUUGGCAUCUACACCAACUCCUCCAAUUCUACUACUACCCUUCUUCAAGAACAGAAACAGCCACUUAACUGUCACAAACUUAACUUCUCAUAUCCAGGUCUUGACUUUGAAGCACACCACACUCUCUCUCUUCCUAAAGAACCUCUCAAAACCCUCCAAUUCUUCAACUUCUGCCCGCCGAACUUCACCAACUAUUGUCCUUGCCAUGAUCCAUCAAGAGAAAAGGAUUUCACAGUUGAAAGAUUCUUUAGUAGAGAGAGACAUUGCCCCGAACCUUAUGAAAAGCCAAAGUGUUUGGUUCCAAAGCCUGUUGGGUACAAGAGACCUUUUUCAUGGCCGAAGAGUAGGGACUAUGCUUGGUUCAAGAAUGUCCCUUUCAAGAAGCUGAGCGAGGUCAAGAAAUCACAGAAUUGGGUUAGAUUGGAAGGUAAUUUGCUGGUUUUUCCAGGUGGUGGGACCUCAUUUCGAAAAGGAGUUAAGGCUUAUGUUGACGAGAUUAAAAGUUUUGUGCCUUUGAAAUCUGGGAGUAUAAGGACUGUUCUUGAUGUUGGAUGUGGGGUUGCAAGCUUUGGAGCACAUUUAAUGGAUUAUAACAUCUUGACAAUGUCAAUAGCUCCGAGUGAUAAACAUGAAGCCCAAGUACAGUUUGCGUUGGAAAGAGGAGUUCUGGCCAUGCUUGGUAUGCUUAGCAUCCAUCGGUUGCCAUUCCCUUCAAGAUCGUUUGAUAUGGCUCACUGUGCCAGAUGUUUGGUUCAAUGGACUAAUUAUGAUGGACUUUACCUGAUGGAGAUUGACCGUCUGUUGCGUCCUGGUGGUUAUUGGAUAUUUUCUGGACCGCCAAUAAGUUGGAAGGCUAACUACAAGGGGUCAGAGGUGGGAGCUCAGGAGUUGGAACAAGAGCAAGCAAAGUUGGAAGAUCUUGCUGGGCGAUUGUGUUGGAAGAAAGUUGCUGAAAGGGGAUCCAUUGCCGUGUGGAGAAAACCAAACAACCACAUCCACUGCAUCAAAAAGAUAAGGAUUUGGAAAUCUCCUCAGUUUUGUAUUAGCAGCGAUCCUGAUGCUGCUUGGUAUAAAAAGAUGGAACCAUGCAUUACUCCUCUUCCAAACGUAACAGAUAUCCAUGAUGUCUCUGGGGGUUCUCUUGAAAAAUGGCCCAAAAGGUUGAAUAUUGCUCCUCAUAGGACUAAAAAUGAAGGAAUUACAAGUAGGGCUUUUGAAGGAGAUACUCAGUUAUGGAAAAGAAGAGUCAAAUAUUAUGGAGCCAUACUCAAAUUUCUCUCCAAAGGCAGAUACAGAAACAUAAUGGAUAUGAAUGCUGGCAUAGGGGGUUUUGCUGCAGCACUGACUCAGUAUCCAGUUUGGGUAAUGAAUGUGUUACCUUUUGAUGCUAAACAGAACAACCUUAGCAUUGUGUAUGAUCGUGGUCUUGUUGGAACAUACAUGAAUUGGUGUGAAGCCUUCUCAACGUACCCUCGGACCUACGACUUGAUACAUGCUCAUGGUGUAUUCAGCAUGUAUAUGGACAAGUGCAGCAUUAUUGAUAUCCUUCUUGAGAUGCACCGGAUUCUUCGGCCUGAAGGAGCUGUUAUAAUAAGAGAUCACGUUGACGUCAUUGUUGAAGUAAAAGGUAUUACAGAUAAGAUGAAAUGGAAUGGCAGGGUUUUACAUAGUGAGAAUGGAGCUUUCCAUCCAGAGAAGAUACUAUUGAUUGACAAUUCUGAUUAG